UUCCCUUCUCUUCUCUUCUGUCGCUUUGGUGUUCUUCUUAUUAUUGAUCGUUCCUGGAGCAUUGAGCAAGCAGCAGCCAAGCAGCAGUCCCUCUUGCCCACUAUCUUUUUUCCCUAACCUCCUGCGUCUUCCGUGGAGUCGGGGAUGGAGCCGUGACUUCUUCGUCUCCAGUGGGUGCGAGAAUCCGUGGGCGCAUCAUCUAUUAUACAGGACAGCGGUGAGGAUCGGCUGGUUCUUCGAUCGCUUUGUCAGUUCAUGAAUUUGUGGAGGUCAAUCCGAAUGCGGUGCUGUUGAGACGGGGAGGGUCGAAGAGCGAGUGAUUGCGCGGUAGCGUUCGUUUGUCAAGGAAGGGUGGGCGCACAAAAUCGACAUGAGUACCUUUGUAUGCUGCAGCGGUAGCGGGCGCUGGAGAAUUCAGAAUUUUUCGAGUUUGGAAUGCGUUCUGAGGACUCGGGGAGGAUAUUGAGCUGCUGGAGAAGAGUUUUUGCACUUCCGAAUUUCGCUCAGCUUUCUUCAAGUUUCUUUCGAAACCCGGUGAAUCGACGGGCUGCUGUCCGUGACAAAUUGGAUUUAGGGUUUUUGGGAAGUAAAGCCGAGUGAGGCAAAUUUUUUGACUCUGAAUUUUGUGGGAAUUGGGGAUUGGCCAAUCUCUAAUUCUGCGUGUGUCCACCCCGGAGUCGAAGAAAGGGCUUCUGAAAUGGAAUUUUAUGGAGGAUAUGGGAUGGCCUAUCCCACAGCUCCCUUUGAGCAGAAUUAUCGCUGCUACUCGGCAUCAUUUAUUGACAAGCCGCAUCUCGAAAGUGGAGACAAAGUCAUAAUGCCUCCGUCCGCUCUGGAUAGACUUGCGUCCCUGCGUAUUGAUUAUCCUAUGCUCUUUGAGGUUCACAAUCCUGCAGCAUCGCGCAUUUCUCAUUGUGGAGUCUUGGAAUUUGUCGCUGAGGAAGGCAUGAUAUACAUGCCUUAUUGGAUGAUGCAGAACAUGUUGCUACAGGAAGGAGAUAUAGUUAGAGUAAAGAGUGCCACCCUCCCGAAGGGCACUUACGUGAAGCUGCAACCGCAUACCAAAGAUUUUCUCGACAUUUCGAACCCAAAGGCUGUCUUGGAAACUACUUUGCGGAACUUUUCUUGUCUGACCGUUGGUGACAACAUAAUGGUUGCAUACAACAAUAGAAAGUACUACAUUGACAUCAUUGAAGCAAAACCCUCCCAAGCAAUUUCUAUUAUCGAAACCGAUUGUGAAGUGGACUUUGCACCUCCUCUUGACUAUAAGGAGCCCGAACCAGUGCGACCUGCUCCGGCUCCCCCAGUCUCCACAUCUGAAGCCGCUCAAGAGACACCAGAACCAGAGGAGCCAAAGUUUAACGCGUUUACAGGCACAGGGAGACGCCUUGAUGGGAAACCAGCAAAGCUCUCAGCUGGCCCUAUUAGUGCAGUGGGAGCAUCAGGUUCUACAUCUUCUGCUUCUGCUAAAAAACCAGUUGGGUCUGGUGCAAGUGGAUCGGGUGCUCCUGCAGCCCCUGCUGGACCUCAAAGGGCAGCGGGCAAACUUGUAUUUGGAGCUAGUGGAAGCAAUGGAACGGCUAAGGCGCCUCCUCCAAAGAAGGAAGAACCCAAACCAGAGGCACCGAAGGAGGAGGCAUCUAAAUUUCAAGCUUUUACAGGCAAAAAAUAUUCUCUACGGGGUUGAUGAGGUGUGUGCUCCUUAGUCGAGGGCGCACACUGAGGCUCAGAGGUCACCGAACAACAGAGCAGAUGCAACUGUUGGGGUCCAGUUAGGCCUCUGAACGUUUUGAGAGUUCCUUGUGCUUAUGAUACUGUUAUAAUCCUUACCGGUGUUACAUCAUGUUGAUGAACAUUGAAAACUUUUUGCUCAAUUAGCGAGAGUUGCCGAACUAUAUGGACGCGAGUGCCUUGUCUAAUGCAUUUGACCAUUAAUUUGGAGCCUGAGGCUUCUGUAAUGUUGGCAGCAGCUAAAUGUGGAACCAGAGACUGCCUGCCGAGAUACAUUACUGGUAGAUGUUGCACGUUCAUGAUGGUGUGUGUGGAGUAUCAAUUCAUUGACCCAAUACCCUCUCAUAGGGGAGACAUGGAACAACUAGAGGCAUGUAGGGAUUAGCUUCAUCGAGGCACGAGGCUGGGUCUUCUGGAUGUGGUUUGGAUGGAGUCAUAAGUCGACUUGGACGAAAUGGGUAUUUAUUUUGUAGCCCAAGCAAGUGACAUGUAAACAUUCAGAUCUCGAUCGACUAUUCAGUUGGUUGGGAGAGAUCUUUGUCCACUUGACAAAUGUAUAUUCUUCUAUUCUCCUUAUGGCAUUCUCUUGAACUUAGCGUUGACAAGCAAACGUGUUUUAGAUAGCCUCGAAAAUACCCAGCUGUCUGCCUGUGUAUUCGCUGAUUGCUCUUGGCGUGUUAGAUAGGAGGCUUCGUGAGAAUCUAAUAGGAGGUUUCGUGAGAAUCUAAUAAUUCUCUUUUUGUAAAGAUUCUUUUGAAAUACAUUUCAUGGCAUUACGGC